UCCUUCUGGGCCUCUCAGAGAAUCUGGGACUGCAGCCCCUCCUCUUUGGAAUGUUCCUGUCCAUGUACCUGGUCACUGUGCUUGGGAACCUGUUCAUUGUCAUGGCCGUCAGCCGUGACCCCCACCUCCACACUCCCAUGUACUUCUUCCUCUCCAACCUGUCUUUGGCUGACAUUGGUUUCACUUCCACCACAGUCCCAAAGCUGAUUGUAGACAUUCAAGCUCACAGCAGAGUCAUUUCCUAUGCAGGAUGCCUGACUCAGAUGUCUUUUUUUAUGCUUUUUGGAUGUUUGGACAGUCUGCUCCUGACUUCAAUGGCCUAUGACCGUUUUGUGGCCAUUUGUCACCCCCUGCGCUACCGAGUCAUCAUGAAUCCCAGCCUAUGUGGCUUGCUGGUUUUGGCGUCCAUUUUCAUCAGCCUUUUGGUCUCCCAACUGCACAGUUCAGUGGUGUUACAAGUUACCUACUUCAGGGAUGUGGAAAUUGCUCAUUUCUUCUGCGACCCUUCUCAGCUGCUCAGCCUUGCCUGCUCUGAUGCAUUCAUCAAUAACAUAGUAAUGUAUAUUAUUGGUGCCAUGUCUGGUUUUCUCCCGAUUUCAGGGAUCCUUUUCUCUUAUUCUAAAAUUGUUUCUUCCGUUUUGAGAGUCCCAUCAUCAGGUGGGAAGUAUAAAGCCUUUUCUACUUGUGUAUCUCACUUGUCAGUUGUUUGCUUAUUUUACGGAACAGGCCUUGGAGUGUACCUCAGCUCAGCUGUUUCAUCUUCCCCCAGAAAAGGUGCGGUGGCCUCGGUGAUGUACACUGUGAUCACCCCCAUGCUAAACCCCUUCAUCUACAGCCUGAGGAACAGGGACAUUAAGAGAGCCCUGAGGAGGCUUCUCAGCACAGCAGCCUAA